CCUGCUCGGGCUACAUGCGCCAGGCCCUGGAUGAGUCGGCUGCGGGGGUCUUUACCAACUCGGAGAUCCUGUGGCAGCAGAUCAAGCACGCCAGCAUGCAUACCGGAGAUCGUGUGUGGCGCUUCCCAUUGUGGAAAUAUUACAGCAAGGCCGUGCGUGCCGGGGGACGAAGCGAUGUGCAGAACUAUGGCAUUGACCAAGGUGGACGUCCCAGCAAGGCCGCUGCCUUUCUCCGUGAGUAUGUGCCCUGUGGCCAGUGGAUGCAUAUUGAUGCCACAAAUGUUAUGGUGACAAAGGGCUUCGAAUACGAGUAUCUGCGCAAGGGAAUGGCCGCCCGACCCGAACACUGGUGGAGUUUAUUGAUCUGACGAUUUGCAAGGAUACGGCCCCACGUUUGGCCAAGUAAUCAAUCUCUAACGGGAAUCCAAUGUUAUAUAUAUUUUUUACUGUGUUUUUUGACGAUGCCACACACGAACA